UUGGACAAUCGUGAAGCCAAAACAAAACAGCAUUUACGACGAGUGGUGACUGCGCGCCGGAAUUUAAUUCCAUAAUCUGAUCACCGUAUACGAAAAAUCUAGCCGCCGCGUCCAUGCAGUGUGCCGUUCCGAGCUGCCCGGGAUGGGAGAAACAGCUGGUCCCAUUUCCACAGAACCUAGUGCUGCAGAGUCGCUGGAAGCGUGCCAUCGAAGCCGGAACUGGUCUUCGGAUUCCAAUGUACCAUUGCGGGGCACUUUGCUCGUGGCAUUUUGGUGACGACCAAACGAGAAAUCCCCGGGAGUAUUGGGAACCGUACCGGUUCCUGCAUCGGAAAGGUAAACCAGUCGAAGUUGGAAGCUGUCGAUUUUGUCUAAGGUUUGAUGACCGGCAGAACAUGGUUUCGGACAAGGAAAUAUUGAACAAUCCAAGUUUGGUCCGAUUGGUUCGGUAUGCGCUGAGGAUCAAACUAACCGAAGAUGAUAUCCUGAAAGAUGUCUGCAAGGAAUGUGAAUCGAAGGUGGAAGUCGUAGAUAAGUGGCUAAAGAGUAGUAAGAAAACUGAAAUGGAAUAUAAAGCUUUAGAGGGCGCUACUAAGAAGAUCGUUUUCAAGAAAGUUGGAGCAAAAGUUAUCGACGAAGACAAAACUCCACAUGCUGCGGAAAAGGCCAAUGCUCUCAGCAUGGAAGUCGAAAUAAUGGACCCAAAACUUGAAGAUCAUGAGGAGGACAGUGAGCAUGACCAACCAAACGAUCAGAUGGAAUCGAUUGUUGAAGAUGACCAUGUCAACACAGAUCACGAUUAUGUGGUGGAGGCAUUGAAUGAUUCAUCUGAGAAUGCUCAAGUUGUGGUGAGCGAAGAAAUAAUAUCCGGAAGGCCCCUGGUACCAGUGGUGAAAAAGUAUAACUUCCCGCCAAAUACACACAGUAAACGUGGUCCUCAACGUCGACCCAAGCCCAAAGAUACAGGAGAGCAAAUCAAGUACAGAGAGUAUUUGAGCAAGAAGUGUAGCAUUUGUGAUACUGUUUUGGACAGUCCGGAAGACCUGGUAGCUCAUCUGACUCAGAAUCAUUCCAAUGGAUCGCCCUACAAAUGCACAGAAUGUGGAAAGUCAUUCAAACUGAUUACUUCCUACAAUCGACAUCUCGGAUUUCACGAUGAAACUAAUCGACCCCUGAAGUGUUGCUACUGUCCGAUGGGCUUCAAAUACAACCACAGUCUGUUGAAUCAUGAAAACCGCCAUCAUGGAGCUAAUCAUCAAAUCCCACAGAAGAAGAAACCCUCCGAGAAGACAUUCCAGUGCAUGAAAUGUGACAAAGCAUACAGAACGAACUACGAUCUUUUGGAUCACGAUCGGUAUAUCCACCAGCAACUUCCCGGAACGACUUGUAAGCUCUGCGGCAAGCACUUCCGGAACCGAGCCUCGCUCCGGAAGCAUCAUCUGGUGCAUACCGGAGAUCGACCGUACGACUGUCCGCACUGUGACUCGGUAUUUCGAAACACUACAAGUCUUGUGCGGCACGUUGCCCACAAUCACAAGGAUAUCGCACCGGUUGACCCCAAGGACAUCAUAGAAGAGUCGGAUCCUUCCUUCAAAUGUGCCAUUUGCGAACAGCAGUUCCAUACACAAUCCGAGUUGGUUCAGCACAUCAACGUUACCCACAUUGGCAUCUAAUAUAGGUAGAUGUACGCUUUUCUUAAAA